CCGUAAGGGUCUCUCGUCUCGUGCCAGCAGCACCAUGCAGCGGCCGCAGCUCGCAGGGGCUGGGUGCAGCAGCCCGGGUGUAGGUCUGGCCCUGGCCUUGCUAUGCACGGGCCCCUGGGCAGCUGCAGCCCUUGCCUCGUGGGGACAUGAAGCUCAGUGCGAAGUGUGUAAAGGAUUUUUGGACAGAUUUUACAACUCCUUAAAAGACAAACAUUCUGACUUCAGCAUGGCCACCAUAGAGAAAGAACUGAUCACCAGCUGUAUGGAUACAAAAGGAAAAGAACAACGCCUGUGCUAUUACAUUGGGGCAACAAGCGAUGCAGCCACAAAGAUCAUCAGCGAGGUCAGCCGCCCAAUGAGUGCUCAUGUGCCUGUGUCGAAGAUAUGUGAGAAACUGAAGAAGAAUGACAUUCAGAUCUGUGAGCUCAAAUAUGAAAAGAAACUGGACUUAAACUUGGUGGAUCUCUCCAAGAUGAGAGUGGCUGAGCUCAGGAAGAUUCUGGAUAGCUGGGGAGAAGUGUGCCGAGCAUGCAUAGAGAAAACAGACUUUGUGAACUUGAUUAAGGAGCUGGCACCUAAGUACACACUUACAAACCCCAAAUCAGAUCUUUGAUUGACACUUGUACCAAACCUAUGAUAGGUCCUUUCACAUGUGCCCUGAAGCAGGAAGCAGUCUGUAAAGCCAGCUGAAGACAAUCACUGUUUGCUUUCCAUUGCUUAAAUAGAAUUUCCCCAAGGAAGGAAGUCUUUGUACUAUUUCUCCUACCCCUGUGGAAAAUACCAAAUUCAAGAUGGAUUCCAGCACCCAGUGGCAUGGUCACAUGUCUUUGUAGGGCCAACCUCAGUUUAGACUUAAAGGAAAAAGAAGACUGUUCACAGAUCUUUGUUUGAAUACUGGGCCAUUAAGUCCCUUAAGUACCACUUAUGGCUUUCACUAGAAUACCCAGAUUAAUAAACAGGUCUAUACUUCAUAUUUCCAACUUCACAUACAGGAAAGACACAUUCACACAAGUAGAAUAUACACAUUCAGAGGAUUACAAGAUCUUGAAUGAUUAAUUACUUGCCCCAUUUUGCAUAAAGCAUAUUAAAGUUAAGCAUAUUUGUAAUCAAAAAACACAUUUCCAUAAAAAAGGGGGCACAGUGUCACACCAACUACUUUUUCUUCAUGCUGCUGAGGCUGUCACUCUGCAUACUCUGGCAAAAGAGGUACUGUGUCUCUGAGGGUCCUAUGACAAGAAAAGAAAGUUUGGCGCCAUCUUCACAGCACAAGGUUGAUGGGAGCAUUUGCUCUCAUAGGCUUCCCUAAUUCCUCACAAAUCGAGGAGUACAGGCACUGACCAGUGAGCACCCUCAGCAUUUGAUUUAGCAGGUCUUUACAAGACCCACUAAAUCGAACACGAGAAGAUUGAUCUCCGGAGUAGCAAGUGGAGACAUAGUCUAAGUGGCCUGGUUUUAAGAAGUCUGAACACCCAGCAACAGCCAUUGAUUUAAUCCAUGAAGGUAAAUAAUUGCUCUUGAAGAUGUAAAAUACUCUUCUUGCCCACAGUGUGAUUUUAUAUGACCAUAUUAAAUUGCAUUUUAAGAGGGAAGGUGGGGGAAAUAGCCAUUUAAAAGAAGUCCAGAAUGCCUGUGAAAAUGAGACAGCUGUUAGAAGCAUUUUGGUCACUGACACAGGAAUUCCAGCCUGUGAUCCAGCCCCCAGCUGCAGCCAGCAAAACCAAUUGAGCAAAACUCGUAAAUGGCAGCCUGCACCUGUACACUGUGUAUGUGCCAGCUUGGGUGGUUUUGAGAAGGAAAGGAAGUCUCAAUAACGGAACUCAAUCGACUCAGAGUGCAAUGCAGAAGCUGUAUGGAGGCUGUAUUGUAAGAGAUCACUUAUUAAUAAGCUUGCAAACCCAAAUAAGGAAGAGUUCAGUAUAUCUCAAUAAGGAGGUAUCCGUGUUAAGAAAGCUUCAGUAUCUCUGUAAAAGCUACUAGUAUCUUUACUAUAUAAACUGAGGCUAAUGGCAAUCAGGCUGCAAAAACUGAAAUCAGAGGCAUUUAGUUUUUGCUAAUAUAACACCAUGUCUGGAUGUGUCAUCUGCGCAGGAACCAACACAUUUAUGUGGAUUGAUUAGUUUGGGGACAGUGGCAAACUCAAGGAUCUUUACAUAAUUUAGCCAGUAAAGGGGGACAGAGACACAUCUGGCUAAUGCCACACAUAAAAAGUCCAACCUAUAAGUUGUUCACCAACUGUCUGUAUUGAGCAUUCUUUCAUUAGGGCCAGAAUUUACUCCCCUUAUUCAUGCUGAAUAGCACUCUGUUCCACAAAUUGCUUUGAUUUGUAAUCCAGCCGUCCGGAUGGACAAGUGGCUAGUAAAAUGAUGGGACUGAUCACUCUAAGCAUGUGAACUUACCUCUAGGGCACCCCCUCAUGCCUGGGCAUAGCAUUGCAGGGGUCCUCAUAUCUAACACCCUCGACUGUGCUCUCUCUCAGACUUCUCUCAAUUCCCCUGCUGGGUGGUCUGUGGUGUGGUCAGCCAAGUCACAAGCAUCUCAUCCCAUUCCAAGGGAGCACAAACAAGUCAAAAUAAAAGUCCAAACAAAUCUUCAAACUAAUAGCUCAUCUACCACUCUCGGGCUUCAGCAUAGUUCCCUUAUAAAAGGGGUGGGAAAUCUGUUUUGGGUCGGGUUCGCUGACCCACAGAAAAA